AUGUUUGAUGUGUAUAAGUUAAGGAUUAAUUUCAUUAGCUGUGUUACAUUGGCGGUCUGUUCAUAUUGCUGGAAUGCUAUUUGUCUAAAUAUAACAAAGAAAACAAUCUUUUUUUAUGAAAUAACAAUACGGUCAUUUCGGUUCAGUCAAAUAUUGAUCGCUAUGAUAGAAGAAGAAAAAGAAAAGCAAGAAAGAUAUAAUGAUGAUGACGUUGAUGAUAAUGAUUGGAUAGAAUAUCAAUAUGAAUGAAAUAACAAUAAAGUAAACACCUAAUCAAAUAAUCAAUCAAUAAUUGAUAUAUGUGUAUACAUAAAUGUCUGUAUUUGUGUACACAGUUUGUUACCAUAACAAUAUGCUUAUUUCUAAGUGAUGAUGAG